UAAAAACCUUAUAGCUUUUUUUCCCACUGCAGCCUAAAACACACACAAAGAAGAAGUGAAUUAAGAGAGAUUCAUAAGACGAAUCUUUGCUUUACAGAAUCGUAUCAUCUUCUUCUAGGCAUUUAAGAGAAAAGAUGACUGCUGAAGUUAAGGUUGAGGAGAAGCAGGUGGAGUCUGAGGUUGUUAUUGCUCCUCCUGCUGUUGUUCCGGAUGAGACUACUGUCAAAUCUGUUGUGGAAGGAGGAGAAGACGAAGCUGUGGAAGAGACCAAGGUUGAUGAUGAUGAGAGCAAGCCCAAGGGUGUGGAGAAGAGUGCCUCGUUUAAAGAAGAGAGUGAUUUCUUUGCUGAUUUGAAAGAUUCUGAGAAGAAGGCUCUUGGUGAUCUCAAGUUGAAGCUUGAGGAAGCUAUUGUUGAUAACACUCUUCUCAAGACCAAGAAGAAGGAGAGCUCUCCUGUGAAGGAGAAGAAGGAGGAGGUUGUGAAGCCAGAAGCUGCUGCUGAGGUAGAGAAGAAGAAGGAAGAAGCAGAGGACAAGGUUGAGGAAGAGAAGAAAUCUGAGGCUGUUGCUGUUACCGAAGAAGCUGUGAAAGCUGAGACUGUUGUUGCAGAAGAGGAAGAGAUGAAGACUGCUGAGCCUGUUGUUGAGAAGGUAGAGGAAGAGACUAAGGAAGAAGUGAAAGCUGAGAAUGUAGAAGAAGAGAAGAAAACCGAGGAUGUUGUUACCGAAGACACCAAGGAAGAAGCGAAAGCUGAGACUGUCGAGGAGGAGGAAGCAGAUGAGUCGGUUGAUAAAGAUAUCGAGCUGUGGGGAGUGCCAUUGCUUCCAAGCAAAGGAGCUGAAGCUACGGAUGUAAUCCUCUUGAAGUUCUUGAGAGCAAGAGACUUCAAAGUGAACGAAGCUUUUGAGAUGCUGAAGAAAACCCUGAAAUGGAGGAAGCAACACAAGAUUGAUUCGAUCCUUGGAGAAGACUUUGGGGAGGAGCUUGCCUCUGCUUCUUACAUGAACGGUGUUGACCGCGAGUCACACCCAGUUUGCUACAAUGUCCACAGCGAGGAGCUUUACCAGACAUUUGGAACAGAGAAGAACAGAGAGAAGUUCUUGAGAUGGAGGUUUCAGCUCAUGGAGAAGGGAAUCCAGCAGCUUAAUCUGAAACCAGGAGGUGUUACUUCUCUUCUACAGAUCCAUGAUCUCAAAAACGCUCCUGGAGUGUCAAGGAAAGAUCUCUGGGUUGGAAUCAAGAACGUAAUAGUAACUCUGCAGGACAAUUAUCCCGAGUUCGUGUCUAGAAACAUAUUCAUAAAUGUGCCGUUCUGGUUCUACGCCAUCAAUGCUGUCCUCUCGCCAUUCCUAACGCAAAGAACCAAGAGCAAGUUUGUUGUGGCUCGUCCAGCUAAGGUUACAGAGACUCUUCUCAAGUACAUUCCAGCUGAGGAGCUUCCAGUUCAGUACGGUGGGUUCAAAAGAGAUGACGAUACCUCAUUCUCCAACGAAGCUGUCACUGAAGUUGUUGUUAAGCCUGGAUCAUCUGAAACCAUCGAAAUCCCAGCUCCUGAGGCUGAAGGUACAUUGGUAUGGGACAUAGCGGUUUUGGGAUGGGAAGUGAAUUACAAGGAAGAGUUUGUGCCGACCGCUGAAGGAGCAUACACAGUAAUUGUCCAAAAGGCGAAGAAGAUGGGAUCAAAUGAAGAAGCGAUCAGGAACAGUUUCAAGAACAGUCAGGCUGGUAAGAUUGUUCUCACGGUCGACAAUGUCUCUAGCAAGAAGAAGAGAGUUCUGUACAGGUACAGGACCAAGACUGAAGCCUCUUCCUGAAGUAGAGACUUCUCUGCAACCUCCGGAUAUAUAAUAUUCUUUUUCUAAAUUCAAUGUUUGGUGUUAUUAUUUAUUUAUGAGUGAUAUGUGCGAAAGAAAGAGAGAGAAUUACUGCUUCUGCCAUUGUUUUAUUGAUGAAAUUCAAUCUUUUGUUAUGAGAUUUUUUUUUAUUAUCUUCCGUUUCUA